AUGAGCUUGGUUGUUGAUUCACAGAGGAAGAAUCGGAUUAAGGUUUCUAACACUAAGAAGCCAUUGUUCUUCUACGUCAAUCUCUCCAAGAUUGAGAUAACGCUGGCCAAGUCUGAGAAGUUUGAUGAGUUAAUGGCUGCAGCCAAUGAAGACAAGGAGUCUGCAGAAGCUCAAGAACAGAACUGA